AUGCCUCCCAAGAAUGCCACCCAGGAUCGCCAUUGUGCUCUGUUCUUCCCUGACGACAAAAGUGUCGUUGGCGGCAGAAAGUUGGGUCUCACGGACAACAUUGACACGGUCUUCUUGUACAAGAAGCAAACUGCCAAUACUCGCCCUUACCUUUCUAUUUCCCUCCGGUUUGACAGACAAGACAUCAACUAUGCCUCUUUUGGUGACGAGUUGAAAGCCCUCCAGAUCUCAAUCGUCUUUUUGAAGGAUACAUACGAGAUCUCUGGCUGCUACCUUUCUGAUGACGUUCAUCAGAGUCUGUUCAACACGGCGCCCAAGGAGAAGAAGAUGUAUGUUGCCCAUAUCCGCCUCAAGGAUGGCCAUGAUGCCCUGAUCCGAGGUAUCGGCAUGCCAUUUGUUGGUGCGAACGAUACCAUUCAAGGUUACGUCACCAAGAAAACGAAGAUCGACAACUCUCGGACCUUGCGGGAGGUUAUGGACCAGAAAGAGUUCCAUGUUCUCUUUGCCAACGAUGGCAUCAAGAAAGCAGUCGAGAACAACUUUUCGGUCUCCAUGGAAACUGAUCAGGGCAGAGCUUAUCCAUAUGGAAAUGAGCAUUCUUGGGACAUUGCAAGAUAUGGUGAACAGCUGGGUGGACCGCAUGCUGACGCCAAUGCCUAUCCCAAGACGGAUUAUCAUCAAACCGCCAACGAUGCUCUGACUUCUCUCACCCAGUCUGUAGUUCAAGACAACUACCACCUCAUCACCGAUGUCGCCGCCAUCAGCGAGAAUCCUGUCAGAGCCCGGUUUGUUCACAUUACUAAGCCUGUGGGCGACUUGGAGCCCACAAAGCUUCCCGAUGAGUGCUAUGUCAUCAUAGCUGCUACUGAGCUUAACUCGUAUCAGAAUACACUGCGGCGCGCUGGAAAGCCCAAAGGUGCAGAAGGAAUCAUUCAACACCCUGAUGCCCUCGGCUCCGACGUUCGUGGCGAUCUCAUCAUUCGCAUUCGCCGCAUCCGUCAGAAGACCAAAUUGGACUCGGCUCCUGUCGAGGACUCACAGCAUUCCGAUGAACCCAAUGCUUCUCAACAACCUGACGCCAACUCCCAAGAGCCUGAUACCAACUCUCAGCAGCCUGAUGCCGACUUUCAAGAGCUUGAAGCCAACUCUCAAGAGCCUGAAGCUGACUUUCAAGAGCCUGAUGGCGACUCUCAAGAGCCUGAUGGCGACUCUCAAGAGCCUGAUGCUUCUCAAGAGCCUGAUGCUUCUCAAGAGCCUGAUGCCGACUCUCAAGAGCCUAACGCCAUCUCUCAGCAGCCUGAUGCUUCUCAAGAGCCUGAUGCCGACUCUCAAGAGCCUGACGCCAUCUCUCAGCAGCCUGAUGCCAACUCUCAACAGCCUGAUGCCAACUCUCAACAGCCUGAUGCCGCUUCCCAGGAGCCUCGAGCCUUUGAGACUUUUGCAGAUGGUGGUGAUCAUUGGGACAAGGUGUACCUUUACAUGGAUGAUGGUGCAACGGUUGUGAGACGCAGAGUCGCUGUUGCUAAUCAACUCUUCUCAUUCAAUCCUGUACCAGUGGAGGAGAGGGUGAAGAAGCCAAAGUUCAAGUCACGUCGCAAACAACCAGAGUUUGAUGACGAUGAACAUCAAAAUCUCGACGACGAUGGUGAGCCCGGCGACGACGACAUCACUUCAAAAGAAGUGCAAGCAGCCUUGGCAAUAGCUCCCACGACGCCUGAUCUUGCAGAGCAGCAUGAGCAAAGAUGUAUGAAUGCGUAUUUGCGAGAUAUAUACCAAGGUCUCGGGUUACCCACCGCACUGAACCCUCCCCCUUCCCUGGUUGAAGAACUCAGCGACGAGCUCACUUCCCGAAUGGCUGCCUUGAACCUUGGCAAUCAAGAGUCCAUUCUCGCCCCUCGCUUUGAGUUUGUCAAAUGGUCAACUCCAGCCAGAGUCAAAGCCAUUUUGGAUCAACUGUCUCUGGUCGACAAGGAGCGCUUGACUCAGUACCUCUCUCUCUGUGUACUUGGUCUUGUGGCUAUUGCUGGAUUUGCGGGUUCGGGAAAGACGCAUCAGCUUGCUGUCGUCUCUCUUCUCUUCAACGCUGAUCCAAAGGUUAGCCAAAUUUACGUCUCUGCUCCCACACACGUCGCCGUCGAGAACAUUGCCACUCGUAUCCACGCCAUUGGCAAGGCUAUCAACGAUCACGCUGCUCGGGUCAACCAGUGGCACAUUCCGUUCGUCGUCCAUGGCCACUCGUUGGAAAGAGAAGUUGGACCAUCCAUAUAUGCUCUGCCCCUUUCUCCGUGUGAGUGGUUGUUGAAGGUGGUUGGCUCUGGUUCGUGGAAAUUGGACAAGGAUGAUCACCCGACCCUGUUGUCAUUGCAGCAGUCUUUUGGCCAAAAUGCCAAAUAUGAGAAACUACGCGAGUUCGCCAAUGGCACGAGAAAAUGGGAUGAUGUCGAUGAUGGCAAGGUUCUUGUCAAGUCUCUCUUGGUGGCUAUCAUCUCUGGCGCCGAAUAUGUGUGUACGACCCCGCAUACGUCCAGGGAGACGCCAUACAAGCAGGUCCGCGCGAUCGCGCAAGCCGUUGUGCUUGAUGAAGCAGGAGCAAUGCAUAAACUUGAUGCAUUGAUGGUAUGGGGCCCAUUGGCACGGCCGUGUGCCAUGGCCGGUGAUGAGAAACAGCUCAACCCAGUCGUCAUGGAGCACGAGAAGAACUUGUUCCAGGAACAUGGUCGUGACUCCAUCCUUGAGCAUAUCAAGGACAUCGGCUACCCGCGUAUUGUGCUCAAUGAACAGAAGCGUAUCGCUGCGGGGCAAUUCGAUCUCGCGCACAAGCUUGUGUACUCUCAUGUCAAGGACUUUGCUUAUGCCCAAUCCGCGCAACUGGCGAAUCAACCGAUUGCUCGGGAACUCAAGGUUUGGUCGGACCAGAGAUACAAUCUACAAUCUCCAAGUGACAAGGCAUAUCCGGUGUUUCUCAGUGUCGAGAAGUCCCCGUGUGUCAUUACACCCGCACACUCCAGAUUCAACCGGGGUCAGAACCGUGCUGCGAGAAAAUUGAUUCGAGACCUUCUUGCACAGAAUAAGGCUAUAUCACCUGGAAUGAUUUCCGUUGUGACGCCGUAUCGUGCCAAUUUGGAACUUUUGAACUACCAGAUGUCCAAAGAACCAUUCGGGGACAAGAUAUCCAUCACAACGACAGAUUCAUACCAAGGUCGAGAGAAUGACGUUGUCGUUCUUGUCCUCACCGUUGACGAAAGUACGGGCCCCGCAUUUGUUGCGAAUACCGCUCGUAUUUGUGUUGGUACCACACGACAAAAAAGUGCCCUAUUCGUCAUUGGAGAUGCGGAGACAGUCAGUAAAGAUCUCACCAAGGAGCAGGAGAAAGAUGUCAAGGCACUCAAGGGUGAGGAGGCUGACGACGGGGAAGUCAUCCCCGUGCGUCAUGACAUGUUCCGCCGAUUUGUCCAAUGGUUCAAAGAUGAAUCACGGACCGUCGAUGUCCCCGCCAUCGACGAUGGCUAUGAUUCUUCAGACGAUAAGGACUUUCCCUUCGCUGACAAUGUCGGACAACAGACCACAGACAGCACCAGUGGUGGCGGUUGGGGACCGGACACAGAUAAUGAUGCUUUCGGCGAUUGGGGUGCCAACCCAAUUCCCGGUGGUGAUGCUUCUGGCGAUUGGAAUGCCGACGCAAUGCCCGGUGGUGAUGCUGGCGCAUACAAAUGGUAA